AUGCCGCGCCGACUUAGUCGCGGUGACGGUGCAGCGCUGUUCGGGCUGUUAUGGGCAGCCUCGUGUGUGUUUCUCGUGGCACUGCGCUUCACUCCUCGUGAAAUUGCAAAUUCUGCUACCCCUGCCUCCAAGUCACGAGUUUUCGAUCCGAAAUGGACAUCUGAUUCCGUUUCUAACGAGCUUUUAACUGGCAAAGCGACGCUGUCGCUGGUGGAGUCGCUGCCUGUGGGGGAUUUCGACUUGUCGUCGAGUGUUCCGCAGACAUUCGAGGCCCUAACACGCCAUGUUGUGGCCGCUAAGCGCUCCAUUGACCUCAGUGCAAUGUACUGGAACCUGCUGGGCGAGGAAGACCGAAAAGUUUAUACCGACGCUGAAAUGACAAAAUUCGGUGCUGAUAGAGGCAAAAAUCUGCUUUUAGCGCUAAAAGAAGCGGCAAUUCGAGGUGUGAAGAUUCGAGUUUUAACGGCGAAACAGAAUGUUGAAACAGGUGAAAUAGAUGAAGCAGCUGAAAUGUCGUGUGGCUCGCUACCGAGUGAGGUGCAAAUGCUGGUGAAUGCCGCGAAGAAGAAAGUUGAAGUAAGGUGUUGGAGCGGCCCUGAGUGGUACGGCAGCGGUAUUUUACAUCAGAAGAUAUGGAUCUUUGACGACAGUCACGUGUAUGUGGGGAGUGCCAAUAUGGACUGGAAGUCGCUGGCUCAAGUGAUGGAGGUGGGCGUGGUCAUGGAAGAUCUGUCUCCCACAUCCAACGUGAUUCAGGAUAUGAAGAGGCUCUAUGAGACGUGGUGGAUGUUUGCCUCUCCGGAAUUGCUGCCGGCCAAGACGGAUAGAUACUUUUCAGAGAGGUUUCAACACGAGUUGCAAGUGCCGAAAUGGUCGCUGUAUCUGCCGACAGAAAAGAGAAACGUGGAUCCAUUCGUGAAAGCCGGUUUGUCAGCGCUGGGCAAUAUUUCUCAUCAGUUGCAGACGACGUUUAAUACGCCUUUAAGUGGGAAUGAUACCGAGCGAGGUGCUGAAACUGCAGACAUGUUUGUUGCGGCUGCACCUCUGGAGGCGACAGCUGCACACUCGCGAGCUUUUGACGAAGACGCACUGGUCUACACGAUCCGAUCGGCCAAGUCUUUCAUCGGUCUUAGUGUCAUGGAUUUUGUGCCGUUCUCGAUGUAUACACCGGGUCCUCUUCACUGGCCAGCUCUUACGGAUGCUCUGCUGGCCGGUGUGUACAGCAAACCGGGACUGCAGGUGUGUCUACUGAUCAGCCAGUGGCAGCAUACCAGCACUCAAAUGCUGAAAGCACUCGCCACCUUGAAGAAACAGGCAGAUUUGUGUCAGCACACGCACGCUCGUUGUUCCGGACGACUCGAGAUCAAGAUUUUCCGUGUACCAGGCUGGCAGAAUACAACGUCCAGUGCGCGCACGAAAGCUGUCUGGCCGUCCUACACCCGCGUGAAUCAUGCCAAGUACAUUGUCACCGACACUCGCGUGAACGUGGGCACGAGCAACAUGGAAUGGGGAUAUUUCUACACCACGGCUGGUGCCAGCGUCAACACAAAUCAUGAACCUACCCGGAAAGCCCUGGAGAAUGUGUUUAAACGAAACUGGAACUCGAGUUAUGCUAAAAGCUUGGAGGAAAUUGUAUCUGCUGAAUCGUAA